UAAAUACCAGUCGGAAACCAUUAAUAUUGCCAGAGAUGUUCAUCUCAAGACCUGUUGCACCCUCAUUGAGGCUUUUCGCCAAGAAUAGUCUCCAAAGUAUCACUCAAAAUUCCCCGGUUCGGUCUACUGCCUUGUUUCGAUGUCAGUCCAAUUCGGCCGUAUCCUCUUCCUCCAAACCAGCUGCGAAGCCCAACGAGCUGGCUAAAGUCAUCCGCGACUCUAUAAAGUCGACUGGACCGAUCUCCGCAUCCCGCUACAUGCAAUUCUGCCUAUCCCAUCCCGUCCACGGAUACUAUUCCAAAGGCGACGUAUUUGGUCAAAAAGGAGAUUUCAUCACGUCUCCUGAAAUAAGUCAGAUAUUUGGGGAGCUUGUUGCGAUUUGGUUCUUGACCAGAUGGAUGGAAGUUGACUCUCCCACGCGGGUGCGCAUAAUCGAGCUUGGUCCAGGUCGAGGAACACUCAUGGACGACGUCCUUCGAACGCUAUUCAACUUUCCUGGGAUCGCUGCAUCAAUCAACAGCGUACACCUGGUGGAGAAUAGUGAAGCCAUGAGAGAAGUCCAAUCCCAAACUCUUACUCCUAGGAUAAAAGGCAAGGAUGUCAAGCUCAAUUGGUACACCAGUAUUGAAGAGAUUCCUGAGACGAAAGACGAGUUUACUCUCUUUGUUGCUCACGAAUUCUUCGACGCAAUGCCCAUCAACGUAUUCGAAAAGACCGACAUGGGCUGGCGCGAAGUUCUAAUCGACAGGGAUCCAUCUUACACUCCCAAUCUUCCCACCUCUUCCACGCCUUCAGGUCUUCGAUUUACCCUCUCCCCCUCACCUACAACCCUUUCCACUAUUCUUCCCUCAACCUCCCCGCGCUUCGCCAAACUCCCAUCCGGCUCGCGGAUCGAGGUAUCCCAGGAUUCAUACAAGAUCAUGCACCGAUUAGGACAAGUCGUCAAUCAAGGUCUCGGCGGAUGCGGACUGGUGGUGGACUACGGAGCGGACAAGGCGUUUGCUUCCAGUUUCAGAGCAUUCAGGAAACACGAGAUUGUGGAUGUGUUUGAAGACCCUGGAAACUGUGAUUUAACUGCCAACGUCGACUUUGCGUAUCUCCGCGAAUCGCUCACCGGUACAGCGACACCCCUCGGCCCCAUCUCCCAAGCUCAAUUUCUUAUUUCCUUGGGCCUCCAACCCCGUCUCCGCAAGCUUCUUGACACUGCCCCACCAGAGAGACGCGAAGCUAUUGAGAAAGGCGCUAAAAGGCUGAUCGAUGUUUUAGGCAUGGGUUCGCAGUACCAAGUUAUGGGCGUUGUCAGCGGCGAGCCUGAGAUGAAAGAGGGCAUCUAUCCAUUCCCGGUGAAAAAGGAGACAGUGGAGAGUAAAGUUUUGAGGCCUUAGAUAUACAUUGGGUAUAGUCAUAUACAAUGCAG